UCUCAGUCGAAUCCGAUCGUUCAUUGGGCUCACGAAAUCAUGAAUCUGAUCAAAAUCAUCUUGUUGGCGAUCCUUCACGGAGAGGCAAUUCAAGGGUCGAAAUUGAUCUCGUCCUCCUGUGUCAAGGACACAAAGUGGAACUCCAAGAAUGUGGGUCGGAAUCUUCGACGUUGGAUUGACAGUAUCCUUGUGCGAGAGGAUUACAAGAUAGGCCAAACUUACACCACAUUUGGCUUUUGGGAUGAGGCCAAGACCAGGCUCAAAUUUGCCGGGGUCAUGAACGAACAGAAUCGGGCGCUUGGUAGGUUCUGGUCAUCUUUGGCACUUCACGAGGAUUCCAAUUUCGUCAACGGGUUCCUUUAUGGAAAUCCUGAUGCUGAGGACACUAUAACUGAUGACACUGCCAUAUUCCUUUAUCCAGACCUCAAAACGGCCUUGGUGGGUUCCUUCAAUGGGAGUGUUAUGCUGGCCGCUCAACAAACUAAGGUAGUCAAAGAGCGAUGCGAACGUGGAGUGAAGAGGAUCAAGGUGAAAAGACCUGAGAAUCAAACCACCGUUGUGAAGGUAAAAAUGAGAUGUCCAAUUCUAAAACCAAAUCUCUAAAUGAAGUUAAUAGUUCUCUCGCCCGGAUGCCCAUCAUUUCCUUGGCCCAACGAUUCCGGAUCCAUAUGAAAGGAAGACUGUGUAUAUCAAGCAUUCCCCUGGGAAAGGGGAUGGCGUGUUUGCCAAAAGAUCCAUCCAAAAGGGCGAGCUCAUUGCC